UGUGCGGACCGCCAAGACGCAAGGUGGGAAGAUUGUGGCAUGGUUGCGAUGCUCCAGUCUCAGCGCAGGCCCUUCACCCUCCUGGAAAUGAUAGCAAACAGACCAAGUCCAGCUUCUCGCUAGGAUGCUGCCCCUCCCUCUUGUCUCUCCUCCCCCCACCCCUUCCAUCUCACAAGCUAGCUAGCUGUCUGGCUGUCUGAUAUCCUACAUGCUUCUCCAGCCGAAGAUUUGCUGGAUGCCAGGAUGGCAGCAUCGAACCUGGAAAACCAGCUGCACAGCGCCCAAAAGAAUUUGCUUUUCCUCCAGAGGCAGCACGCAGAUACCCUCAAGGGGCUGCACACUGAGAUCCGCCGCCUGCAGCAACACUGCACAGAUCUGACCUACGAGUUGACUCUCAAAAGUUCAGACUUGACAGAAAAUGGGAUUUCGAGGAGCGAAGAGCUCAGAAGGAAAUGCGAAGAGCUGGAGGCCCAGCUCAAAGCAAAGGAGAUGGAAAACAACGAAUUAUUGAAAGAGCUUGAGCAGAAAAAUGCCAUGAUCGCGGUGCUGGAGAACACCAUCAAGGAGCGGGAGAAGAAAUACUUGGAAGAGUUAAAGAUGAAAAGCCAUAAAUUGAACAUGCUCUCCAGCGAACUGGAGCAACGGGCCGGCACCAUCGCCUACCUGACCUCCCAGCUCCACGCCACCAAGAAAAAACUCAUGAGCUCCAGCGGGACGUCGGACAGCUCUCCGUCCGGAAGCCCCGUGCUCUCCGGCUACAAACCCGCUCCUCCCAAAGAGAAGCUUCCGGAAACUCCGCGACGCCGGAUGAAGAAGAGCCUGUCCACGCCGCUCAACCCCGAAUUUGAGGAGGCCUACCGAUUAGGCUCGGAUAGCCGUAAGCUGCUGCUGCGGGAGCCGGUGGACGCCAUGCCUGACCCCACGCCCUUCUUACUGGCCAGGGAAUCCACCGAGCUGCACCUUCUGAAAGAGAGGCCUUUAGUCAUCCCACCCAUCCCGUCCGAGCGCACUUCGUCCGAGCCCCACAGCCCGGCCCGGGAGAGGCAACACAAGAGCCACGUUGGGGUGGCCCACCGCAUCCACCACGUCCCUCCCGCCCAGCCCCAGCCGCCCGAGGUGGAGACGCUGGCUGUGGACCAGGUGAAUGGAAGCAAAAUGGUUCGCAAGCAUUCGGGGACGGAUCGGACUGUUUGAACCCGGGCGCUUGGAGGGGACUCUCGGCGGUCAGCAGAGGGCCGGGCUGCACCCCCCUCCCUCCCUCUUCCGAGCGCCCCCCCCUCCCCCCGCGUGCAUGCCAAAAUCUUUCCAGAACUAGAGUCACUUCUUCCUCACCUGUUCUUAUUGCAGAGUUAUCUACCUAAUGAAACGCUGUAGCCAAACUCAGGUGUGUCUGCCUGAAUUGCUUGCUUCUGAUGCGCCUUUCAUUUAUUCGGGGCGCGCCGAGGAGGCCCCACGCCCGGCCCUCCCAUAGCCCUAACGAAAACGGCCAGCUCACCAUCAGCCCCGCCGCGCUGUGUAUCGGCUCUUAACAGUAAAAGCCUUCCCUAAUCUGUCCCUUCGCACAGUCAUGAUAAAUUCUUAUUUUCGAGGGUGGGGUGGGGCAGCCUGGACCCCCACACACACGCGGGUGCCGGGGUGGUGGUGGUAGGAAGGAAGAGCAGCCGAAGGAGACACCCCACCCCAUACUCUGUCCGCCUUUCCGGCACGUGACCUUAAUCACAAUGUUCCUUUUUCCUUUGUUCACGUUUUUAUCUACUAAUCGACUAAAAUCCCAACAAACUCUUAUUUUGCUAAUCCUG